AUGCUAUGUGCCUCUAUACAAAUUUGGCCUCAGCCCACAGGUCUAGUGAGCCUUUCCACUACUGCAGUUCCUAUUCGCACAAAUUUGAUACAUAUUCAUAUAAUCACUGUUCCAUCUAAAUUAGUGAAGGAACAUAUUAACGAUGCGUUUGAGCUUAUGCGUAAUGACCUUAAAUUUGUAGAACGAAAAGUACGUGAUUUCCAAGAGUGGCGGAAACUUGUUGUACGAGUAUCAUUAAACGGUAGCGCAGAUCCUCGAAUGCGUUUGUCAACUGACGAAAGCUAUAAGCUGACUCUACAUCCCAUUAAAGGAGGGAAGAAGUCCUUAGUUGCUAAUGUGAUUGCAAAAUCCUUUUGCGGUGUCCGCCAUGCUUUCGAGACUCUGUCACAAUUGAUUUGGCUGGAUCCAUAUCAUGACACUCUACUCAUUUUGGAAGCAGCAAAAAUAGAGGACGCUCCGAAGUUCAAUUAUCGUGGUCUACUAAUCGAUACUGCCCGUAGCUACUAUCCAAUUAACGAAUUAUUUCGUACUAUAGAUGCGAUGGGAGCCUGCAAACUAAACACCCUUCAUUGGCAUGCAAGUGAUUCACAGGCGUUUUCACUGCGUUUGCGUAGUGUUCCACAGAUAUCUCGUCUAGGUACUUUGGAUUCAGUUGCUGUAUACUCGGUAGAUGACAUACUCGCAGUGAUUCAUCGUGCAAGAUUACGAGGGAUUCGCGUUAUAAUUGAAAUUAAUACGCCUGGUCACGUAGGCCGUGCUUGGAAUGAAGUAAUGAACAUUCGACAUUUAGCAUAUUGCGUAGAUGUCGAACCAUGGACUGCUUAUUGUAAUGAGCCACCCUGCGGACAACUUGAUCCUCGUAAUACUGAUAUACACGUAGUCCUUGAAAGGAUAUAUGCCGAAAUCAUUGAACUGACUGGAGUCGACGAUAUUUUCCAUAUCGGUGGCGAUGAUAUAUCAGAAAGCUGCUGGGAAGAGCAUUUCAAUGAUACCGAUCCAAUGACUUUGUGGAUAGAGUACACUCAUUCAGUUUUGCAACGUCUCGAAUAUGCCAAUGGAAAAUUGCCCAAUCUCACACUUAUGUGGUCUUCACGUCUAAGCGAAACUAUCAAGACACAUUUUAAGGACUAUGCUCAUUCAUUAGGUCUGCAGUCAAGGAAAGUGGCAUGGGCGCAUAAACAAAUAAGUGGCUUGCGUACAAUAAUAUCUCAUGAAGAUGCUUGGGAUUUUAAUAAUGGAAUGGGGGAUUGGUAUGAAGAAUCAGGUGGUGCACCGUAUAAUUCAUGGCAGCGUGUUUACGAGUACAGACCCUGGUCUCGUAACACAGAUUGGCUAGUGGAGGGAGGCGUAGGGACAGUGUGGUCGUCAUUAAUAAGUAGUGGUGGAUUAGAUAGUCGUACAUGGCCCCGGGCAGCGGCUCUUUCUGAACGACUUUGGACAGACAGACCAGAAGGUGCAACACGACCAGUUCACGCACGCCUUGACGUGUUUCGGACGCGUCUUCUCGAACGUGGUAUAAAAGCUGCACCUAUCUGGUCGAUGUGGUGUACUCAUAAUACAUAUACUUGUGUAUAA